CUUCCCCUCCACAGUGUUGGUCAGCGGCAGUUGGUGUGUUUAGCGCGUGCGCUGCUCCGUAAAAGUAAGGUCCUGGUUCUCGAUGAAGCCACGGCCGCGGUGGACCUGGAAACUGAUGAACUCAUUCAACAGACAAUUCGUCGUGAGUUCUCUGACCGCACAGUGUUCACCAUUGCGCAUAGGCUCAACACCAUCAUGGACUAUACCAGGAUCAUGGUUUUGGACAAAGGUUUCGUGGUGGAGUUUGACAGUCCUGAAAACCUGUUGGCUCAGCGAGGGAUAUUCUACAGCAUGGCUCAAGACGCUGGAUUAGCCUAAUUCUUUUAUUUUGAUCCAUCUAUUCCUGUAUUAUUAGGGCUGUUUUAGUACUAGGUUUGAACUGAAACCAAUUAGGGAUGCAAUUAGGGUGCCCACAAAUACUGCAAUAAUAGGCUAGUUAGAAAUCGAAACAACACAUUUGGUUUUUCUUUAGUAUCUGAUUCUAUCACAGUACAUCUCUUGAUUUUAUCAGUAGAGCACUUUCAGCAAGUUUAGCAAACUGAUCCCAAUUACCCUUUAUCCUGAAAUGUCAACCGUUGAGUAAACAUCGAGGAAACCUUUGUCAUUUAAGCCCAAAACUCGUCGAGAAGUUGCUUUGUUUCAAGAAGAGGAUGAUUGAUUUCUAUACUGCUAGAUCCACUUACAAGCAAGGUCGAUCAUAAUUCGGCCAUUUGGCCAAUCCAAGUAGUUCGUAGUUUACGUGCAUACGAGGGAGGCGAAGCGACUGUUCGUAUUUGAGCAUGCUUGGGGUAACUUCUUGAUGUUUUUGGACAAGAGAAACUACUCGUAUGGUGCCCCUCGACACCCAGGAGUAUAGUUGGGUACUAGCGAUCUUUUAGCCCAAGGGCAACCUCGUAAAAUAUUCUGAGGACGCACGUGUGGGGGGAGGGGGUACCUGUAAUGGACCAGCUUUCCUCCGAGAAUGGAAGAAGGGAGGGGUAGUUUGGGGUCCUUUGGGGGGAUGUGACAAUACCAAAGUCGCUAAUCAUGCAACGGUACCGGAGUAAGUACCGGCUCAGUAGGUCGGUUUGUCCCAGUUCACUUGCAUGUUCUAUCAUACACUCGUUUGUUACCUAUCCAAGACUGUGAAGUAUGAUAUCAUUUUGAACAAGUUAUUCAUAUCGGUUCAUGUCGUAUUUAAUUGGUAUGAUAAAAUAACUAUUGCAGUCUAGGGGAAAUAGUGAAAGGUUGUAUAGUUUGGUUAAAAUUACCGGAGAAACGUACUAUAGCACUUGCAAGAUAACUUAGCACGAACAUUUUAAACAGUAAAACUCACUUUGCACAGCUAAAAUAAAUACAACACACUUUUUACCUGCAAGAGUUUGUAAAGUAUUUAAUGUCAUUUCCUUAUGACACUUACUUUAUUUUAUAUCGGUACACCUAAGUUCUUAAUACUAAUUGUAGCCUAGAAAAAGAAUUGUGAAGUUUUGUAUAGUUUAGUUAGAAACGCGGGGGAACAUAUUAUAGCACUUAUAAGGUAUAAGCACUAAACACUGUUAGGGUUAUUUACUCAAUAGGCCAAGACUAUUGUUUCUACAGUGCAAUAAAAAAAAAAUCACGGAGCCAAA